CCGGAAGUGGUUCCCGCGGCCUGGCUCAGAUGCCGGUUGCCGCCGCCGCCGCCGGAAGUGGGCAAAGAUGGCGCUGGACGGGCCCGAGCAGAUGGAGUUGGAGGAGGGCAAGGUGGGCAGCGGCCUCCGCCAGUAUUACCUGUCGAAGAUCGAGGAGCUGCAGCUGAUCGUGAACGACAAGAGCCAGAACCUGCGGCGACUGCAGGCCCAGAGAAACGAGCUGAAUGCCAAGGUGCGGCUGCUGCGGGAAGAGCUCCAGCUGCUGCAGGAGCAGGGCUCCUACGUUGGAGAGGUGGUCCGGGCCAUGGACAAGAAGAAGGUGUUGGUGAAGGUCCAUCCCGAGGGCAAGUUCGUGGUGGACGUGGACAAGAACAUAGACAUCAACGACGUGACCCCCAACUGCCGCGUGGCCCUGCGCAACGACAGCUACACCCUGCACAAGAUCCUGCCCAACAAAGUGGACCCCCUGGUGUCGCUCAUGAUGGUGGAGAAGGUGCCCGACUCCACCUACGAGAUGAUCGGCGGCCUGGACAAGCAGAUCAAGGAGAUCAAGGAGGUCAUCGAGCUGCCCGUCAAGCAUCCCGAGCUGUUCGAGGCGCUGGGCAUCGCGCAGCCCAAGGGAGUGUUGCUGUACGGGCCCCCCGGCACCGGGAAAACCCUGCUGGCCCGGGCCGUGGCCCAUCACACCGACUGCACCUUCAUCCGCGUCUCGGGCUCCGAGCUGGUGCAGAAGUUCAUCGGAGAAGGGGCCCGCAUGGUGCGGGAGCUGUUCGUCAUGGCCCGGGAGCACGCCCCCUCCAUCAUCUUCAUGGACGAGAUCGACUCCAUCGGCUCCUCGCGCCUGGAGGGGGGCUCCGGCGGCGACAGCGAGGUGCAGCGCACGAUGCUGGAGCUGCUCAACCAGCUGGACGGCUUCGAGGCCACCAAGAACAUCAAGGUCAUCAUGGCCACCAACAGGAUCGACAUCCUGGAUUCGGCCCUGCUGCGCCCGGGCCGCAUCGACAGGAAGAUUGAGUUCCCCCCGCCCAACGAGGAGGCCCGCCUGGACAUCCUCAAGAUCCACUCGCGGAAGAUGAACCUGACGCGGGGCAUCAACCUGCGCAAGAUCGCCGAGCUCAUGCCGGGGGCGUCGGGGGCCGAAGUCAAGGGCGUGUGCACGGAGGCCGGCAUGUACGCCCUGCGGGAACGCCGCGUCCACGUCACGCAGGAGGACUUCGAGAUGGCCGUGGCCAAGGUCAUGCAGAAGGACAGCGAGAAGAACAUGUCCAUCAAGAAGCUGUGGAAAUGAGGGGCCGUGGCCGACCCCAAUAAAGCUGUGUUGCCCGGACGCGGUGGUCGUUUUGC